AUGGGGGAUACGAUUCAAAGAAAGAUGACACCGGUCAAACGGGACAAGCAGCUUUUGCAAGAAUUUGAUCACCAAGUUCGAGAAAUUCGAUCUCAACUCACUGAACAACUCAAAGCUCUCGGUGAGAGAACUGAAACCCAGAUCCAUGUACUUUCGGAAUUGGAAGACUAUUUUCGACGAAGGGGUGAGCUGGAAAUUGAGCAGUCAAAACAACUCGACAAACUGGCGAAAGGAAUCCUUCAAAAACACAAAGCUGAUAAAACUAGGAGAGAGAAUUGGCAACAACAUGCCUCGUCCUAUGUUUGGCAGCAACUCGUUGAUGCGACAAAAGAAGAAGCAAAAGAACGUCUAAAGAUGGGCGAGAUUUUUGCAAAAGAGCUGACAUCUAGCAUUGCCCAACGCUGCGAUGAUUUGGCUAGAAUAAGCAAACGGUGUCGUGAAAUCGGUCUCUUAUCUCAUGGAGAAAUCACCAGAGUUCUCACUGAGCUACACACCUCAAUGAAAACCUAUCAGAUUUGUUUCGCCGAGGCAUCGGCCGUUGAAAAAAAGCUCCAUUGUGCCGAAGAUGAAUACAAAAAGUUCGAGGAAGCAAAUCGUGGCAAGCCAAUCGGAAGAAAAUUCAAAACUCUGCAAAAAUGCCUCGAGAGACGGCAAACGAAAUGGGAACUGGUCCGAAUUAAAUGCACAAAAGCGAGAAACGAGUAUUUGUUAUGCAUCAAGGCAGCAAACGCUGCUCUAAAUCGCUUCUUUGGGCAAGACCUUAGCUAUUUGGUUGAUUGCAUGGAUUUGGGAAUGGAAUUCUGGAUGCGGCAUUUGAUAGAUCAAGUGAUUGAGGCUCGAAAAAAACUUACCCAAAAAGAGAUGGAAGCUCUUGGCGAACUUGGAACCGUGAAAUCUUCAUUGGAUAGCAAAGCAGAUAAGCAGCGGUUUUUCGAAGCAAAUAACUCCACCUUUAUGUUGCCAAAACAAUUUGAAUUCAAAGCUCAAUUCGGUGAUUUGUCCUCUACGGUGUCAGCUGAACGUUCUUUAGCUGGAGAACUAGCCCAGCGACAAAGACAAAUCACAAAAAGGCUUGAUGCGUUACGUUUCGAAAGUGAUGAGGUCUGGAAAAGUCUAGAAGCUGCUGAAAGACAGUUGUUUGCUCUCUAUCGUGAUGAAGUUCAAGAUGCUAACAAGUGGCGAAACGAUCUUCUAGUGACAUAUCAGUAUUAUCUCAAGAAAUUUGAGUAUUUUCUUCUCAAUGGAAAUCUUGUCGAGCGACUUGAAGCUAGAAACUUUGCCAUUGGAGAAUCACUAAACGAAAGAGGCAUCAAUGUUGAAAGCAGAAAUGGAAGUGAAGGUCCGUCUAUAGAUGGUGACAAACUUGGCCGUAAGCGUAUCAAGAGAAUUGGCUUACACCCGGAUCGGCCUCGUCCAAAAUUGUUUGGUGGAAGUUUGGAAGAAUAUGUGGAAGCUUCCGGGGAAUCAAUACCUUUAGUCGUCUCAUCAUCAAUUAGUUUUUUAGCAAGAUAUGCGUUACGUCAUCAAGGCCUUUUCCGAAUCUCGGGCUCUCAAUCAGAAAUCAAUCGUUUCAAAGAAAUCUUUGAAUGUGGCGAAGACCCGCUUUGCGAUCUGAGAGAUGCUAGUGAGGCUAAUAGUGUUGCCGGUGUUCUUAAGCUUUACUUGCGAGAGCUGCGUGAACCCCUAUUCCCGAUGUAUUUAUUCGAACAAUUCACAGACUGUGCAAAAGCCGAAAAUGCUACUGAAUUUGUUGCGAAGUCUCGUCGUCUUCUCGUUUCUUUGCCUCCAUGCUCUUUGGUGCUUUUAAGAGUUCUUUUCGGUUUCCUAGCUCAUCUUUGUGAGUUUGCUGAUGAGAACAUGAUGGAGCCACAUAACCUUGCCAUCUGCUUUGGGCCUACUCUUCUGCCAAUUCCAGAGGGAAAAGAUCAAGUGUUUUACCACAACUUUGUCAACGAGUUCGUUCGUGGACUGAUUGUUCAUAACGAAAAGGUUUUUCCAAGUGAACAAGAGAUGGCUGGGCCCGUCUACGACAAAUAUGCUUUUGAGCUUCAUAAUAUGAAUUAUGUUGAUGAUAUGGAGGGAGAUGAUGGUCUUACAAGCGGUGACGAAGAAGUGCUUCUUGGUAUUGGCGUUACAGAUGGGAUGGCUGAAACAAGUUUUAAACAAAUGGAAAUCGAGAACGAGGAAGAGUUUACACCACGAAUCUCUUUGAUUUCUCGUCAAUCUGAGGCAACACGAGGACCUAGCCAUGCUUCAAUUGAGCCUUCUGAAAAUACGUCUCUACGAGAUUUGGCUUUUCGGGAUGUCUUCCAAGAACUUAGUCUCGCACUAAAAGAUGGAAAUGUUGCUGCACCCGUUCAUGGAAUACAUGAAACGCCAAUUGAUUCAUCACCUUUCCCGGUUACCAGCAAUCGAUCAUCUACUCGCUCAAAUAUGGAUUUCCGUGUUGAUGAUUUAUCUCCUAGACCAAAUAGCUCUGUCCCAAUGACUAGUGUUGCUGUUCUAAGUCGACCACCAGUUGUUUCACUUCGCGAUCAGUUGUCGCAUGCUGCUCCAUCGCAUCCACAUAAGAUCUAUCCAACUGAAUUUGAUGCCAUUACACGAACAUCAAUCAAGCUGCAGAAGCUAUCUAUGCUCAACAAUGCAUCAAAUAAUUCUGAUGAAAAAGAUGACUCGUUCGAAAAAUUGAGCAACAAUGGUAAUGGUAAUGGUAACAGAAUUGAUUCGUCUUCAACCGGCAUGCCUUUCAGAUUCGAGCAGCCAGAUAUUGUUCGCGAGUUGGGACCAAGGGAAAUUGCGAGCGUGACAAAGGAAUUUAGUGCCAAGAAGUUUGAACCAUCGCAUAGAGCGCUUAACUCCGAAAGUCCACCUUUUGCUGAACUUGAACGUGCAAUUCAAGCAGCAGAACGUCUG